CCCCGAUCCAGACACUGGAAACGCAACCCACCCCACCUCCUCACUCGAGGACUCAUCGGUCGCUCGUUCACCAUUCGCAAUCGAAGCCUCUUCUCCCAUCACCAAUACGCUCGGCUCGAGCUCUGCUCCGAUCAAACAACUCUGUGCCCAGCUAGCUCCAUCCAUUGGAUCAGGGUUCCCAGUUAGUUUGUGACCUGUUGAUUCUUCCGCUCCGCAAUGGCGUCGUCAAUCUCAGCUACCCCGGCCGUCGUCUCGCCGGCGCCGCAGUCCAAGAACCCGUCGCAGCUCAAUCCUAACCACGCCAAGAGCAGCAACGCGGUCGCGGCGAGGCCAAUGCGCGCCAGCCCGGCGCGGCAUGGCGAGGCGGGCCGCCCCAGGUGGAACCCGCUCCAGUGGCUGGCCGCAACGGCGCUGGACGCUGUUGAGGAAAGGCUCGUCACGGGCCUGCUGGAGCGCGCGCACCCGCUGCCCCGGACGGCGGACCCGGCCGUGCAGAUGGCGGGCAACUACGCGCCCGUCGCCGAGUGCGCGCCGCGCGGGGAGCUCCCCGUCACCGGCUGCGUCCCGCCGGUCCUGGACGGCGUGUACGUCCGAAACGGCGCCAACCCGCUACACCAGCCGCGGGCGGGGCACCACCUCUUCGACGGGGACGGGAUGCUGCACGCUGUGCGCCUCCGCGGCGGGCGCGCCGAGUCGUACGCGUGCCGCUUCACGGAGACGGCGCGGCUCAGGCAGGAGAGCGACAUCGGGCGGGCCGUCUUCCCCAAGGCAAUCGGCGAGCUCCACGGCCACUCGGGCGUCGCGCGGCUCCUGCUUUUCGGGGUGCGGUCGCUCUGCGGCGUGCUCGACGCGUCGCAGGGGAUAGGGGUCGCCAACGCCGGGUUGGUGUACCACAACGGCCGCCUCCUCGCCAUGUCCGAGGACGACCUCCCCUACCAUGUGCGUGUCACCGCCGACGGCGACCUAGAGACCGUCGGGCGGUACGACUUCGGCGGGCAGCUCGACAGCUCCAUGAUCGCGCACCCCAAGCUCGACCCGGCCACCGGCGAGCUCUUCGCGCUCAGCUACAAUGUCGUCUCCAAGCCGUACCUCAAGUACUUCUACUUCACCGCCGACGGGCGCAAGUCCCCCGACGUGAACAUAGCCGUCGACGCGCCGACCAUGAUCCACGACUUCGCUGUCACCGAGAAACACGCAAUCAUUCCAGACCAGCAGAUCGUCUUCAAGCUCCAUGAGAUGAUGCUCGGCGGCUCCCCCGUCGUAUAUGACAAUAACAAGACGGCGCGGUUCGGGGUGCUGCCGAAGCGCGCCACCGACGCGUGCGAGCUCCGGUGGGUGGAGGUCCCCGACUGCUUCUGCUUCCACCUCUGGAACGCGUGGGACGAUGAGGUCACCGGCGAGAUCGUGGUCAUCGGCUCCUGCAUGACACCGCCAGACGCCGUGUUCAACGAGUCUGAGGAGAGCUUCCGCAGCGUGCUCUCGGAGAUCCGGCUCGACCCGCGCAUCGGCACGUCCAGCCGCCGGGCGAUCCUGAGCGAGGCCGACCAGGUGAACCUCGAGGCCGGCAUGGUGAACCGGCAGCUCCACGGCAAAAAGACGCGGUACGCCUACCUCGCCAUCGCCGAACCGUGGCCCAAGGUGUCUGGCUUCGCCAAGGUGGACCUCGAGGCCGGCACGGUCGAGAAGUUCAUCUACGGCGAGGGCCGGUACGGCGGCGAGCCCUGCUUCGUGCCGCGCCCGGACGGGUCCGCGGAGGACGACGGGUACGUGCUGUGCCACGUGCACGACGAGGAGGCCGGUGCGUCGGAGAUGCUCGUGGUGAACGCCGGCGACAUGCGGGAGGAGGCCGCCGUGAAGCUGCCCGGGCGCGUGCCGUACGGCUUCCACGGCACGUUCAUCGGCGCCAAGGAACUGCAGCGGCAAGCCUAGUUACCUCGUCGAUCACGAACUCGAUCACCUUACGUAAGUACGUAACAGUAGCUAGCUGCUAGUGACGUGGCCACUGAAUUAAUUACAGUGUCGCCUAGUAAAAAGAAUUCAUUAGAGUAGUAGAUGAUGCUGAUUAGGGCUGUCUGGUACUGAUUUUUGAGGCAGACUCCGGCCGUAUAUGUACCUGGAUUUUGUAUCUCUGAGCCAGAAUAUAGGAGUAAAAACUGUCGAACUUUUGUGCAGAAAUAACAGAGGUUAUGUACAGACUACAUUAAUUUUU